ACAGACUCGCGCCAGGACAACCCUGCCUCCGCGGCUAUCCCUGGUCAGGGCCCAACCUUGUUCUGUUAAUAACUAAGCAAACUGGAACACCUCGGCCUGAGGUUUGCGUGCGCGGCCGCUGCUCCCGCCCGCCCGCUGCACAUGCAGCCUGAACCCGGGGCCCCCGGACACGCCACAUUUUGGGUUGGGACCAGCUGGAACCGGAAGUGGAGGUGCAGCGCCGCUAGCCGGGAACCGGAAGCGGAAUUGCAGAUGUGUAACCGGAAGCGGAAUUGCAGGUGCGUACUGUGAGAAGAGCUGCGUUUGCAGCGACUGGGAGUCUUUUGGUCGCCGCGAGAGGUGCUGGGUUCGAGUGCUUUCCUGAGAGCAAUGCAGGAAUAAGGGAGGAGCGUCCUGCUUCCUGGCUGCCCUGUUGCUGUCGGAGUCACAGGAUGGCAGCCAUCAUCCUGCCCCCGACUGCUGCUCUGUCUUCCCCGUUCCCGGCCUCUCAGCGAGAAGGACACACGGAGGGCAGAGAGCUGGUUAAUGAGCACCUGACAAGCUGGCUAAAGGGCUUGGUGACCUUCGAGGAUGUGGCCGUGGAGUUCACCCAGGAGGAGUGGACGCUGUUGGGCCCUGCCCAAAGGACACUGUACAGGGACGUGAUGCUGGAGAACUUCAGGAACCUGGCCUCGCUGGGGAACCAAGUUGAUAAACCUGGUCUGAUCUCCCAGCUGGAGCAAGAAGAUAAAGUGAUGACAGAAGAGAGAGGAAUUCUCCCAGGUACGUGUCCAGAUGUGGAGAAUCCACUUAAAGCCAAAGGGUUAACUCCUAAGCUGCAUGUUUUUCGAAAAGAACAAUCUAGAAAUAUGAAAAUGGAGAGGAAUCAUCUCGGAGCAGAACUCAACGAAUGUAAUCAGUGUUUUAAAGUCUUCAGCACAAAAUCUUCCCUUACGCAGCACAAGAGGAUUCACACUGGAGAAAAACCCUACAACUGCAGUGAAUGUGGGAAAUUCUACAGCAGCAAAUCUUACGUUACUGUUCAUAAGAGAAUCCACAAUGGGGAGAAACCCUACAAAUGCAGUGACUGUGGGAAAACCUUCAGCAAUUUGUCAUACCUCAGACCACACCUGAGAAUUCACACCGGAGAAAAACCCUACAAAUGUAUCCGGUGUUGUCGUGAGUUCCGCACUCAGUCAAUCUUCACAAGGCACAAGAGAGUUCAUACAGGAGAGAGUCAGUAUGUAUGUAAUCAGUGUGGAAAGGCUUUCAGCACAGGGUCAUCUCUUUCUUUGCACUAUAGCAUUCAUACAGGGGAGAACCCUUACGAAUGCCACAAUUGUGGGAAAACAUUCAGGAGGAGCUCGAAUCUGACACAGCACGUAAGAACUCAUACUGGAGAAAAGCCCUACAAAUGUAAUGAGUGUGGGAUGUCCUUCACCAGUAGCUUUUCUCUUACAGUUCACAGGAGAAUACAUAAUGGAGAGAAAUCCUAUGAGUGCAGUGACUGUGGAAAAGCCUUUAAUGUUCUCUCAUCUGUUAAGAAACACAGGAGAACUCACAGUGGAAAAAAACCCUAUGAAUGUAAUUAUUGUGGGAGAUUCUUCACAAGUAACGGGUACCUUUCUGUGCAUAUGAGAAAGCAUAUUAGGCAGAUGUGAAUUCAAUAACUGCGAAAAGCAUUCAUUGAUCUUUCAUGCCUCAGAUAACAUGAAAGAACU